GCACCUACAGGUGAUACUCGCUUGACAAGAAAACGAAGAAAAAACGAUAACGAGGAGUUAGUAUCACUCGAUGACUCUGUGCGAGGAGAUCACCAUAGAAAGGCACCUCCUGAGAAAAAUAUCGAAAGAAUAGUAUUUGGGUGCUACGAAAUCCAGUGUUGGUAUUAUUCCCCUUAUCGGCUGAAGAAGAAAACCGUAAAACGGUUGUAUGUUUGCGAAAAUUGCCUUCUUUACACUGAUGACGUGGAAAUGUACAGAUGUCAUUUGGCAAAAGACUGUGAACGAGCGAAUCCGCCUGGCGAAUUGAUCUACGAAGAAGGCGAUAUCCAAAUAUAUGAAUUCUAUUGCCAACGGCUUUGUCUUCUUGCCAAACUGUUUAUCGAUCAUAAAACGUUAUGUUUCGACGUGGAAAAUUUCAUCUUUUAUCUGCUUUGCGAGACUGAUAAGGAUGGAGCCCACAUAGCAGCAAUGUUUUCGAAAGAAAUGCACUCUUCCAACAACCUGGCAUGUAUCAUGACACUGCCUUGUUACCAGAGAAAAGGUUACGGAAAUCUCUUGAUUCAACUCAGUUACGAGAUGUCAAAGAGGGCCAAGUACCCUGGAACUCCAGAACGGCCUUUCUCCGAUCUUGGUGAAAUCUCCUACAGAAAAUAUUGGCUUUUUGUCUUACUGGAAUUCUUUGACUCAGCAGUCAUGCGAAAGGUAGAAGACGUCACUGUAGACGAUCUUGAAGCGUUGGUUGGCAUUAAUAAAGACGAUAUCAAAGACACCAUGGAGCCCAUUGGACUGCUUUCUCAUCUCAAAGGAGGUACAUACAUUGUUCACAACCCAAAAUUGGACCAAGAAAAUGGUGUGGAAAGACCUAAUCCACCUCUCAGACGUCUUGAUCCAAGAUACCUCAACUGGAUCGCGAAAAGUUUUGACAGGCCAAAGCGGCGCAAUUGA